UGAAGCAGGUGCAUCCUAACCUGGUCUCCCAGCAGGAGGCGCUGCAGUACAUUGAAAACCUGAUCCUGCAGCUGAUCAGCAUGCUGUGUCAGGCUCAGCCACGCAGUGUGCAGGAUGUGGAGGAGCGCGUGCAGAAGAGUUUUCCUCACCCGAUCGAUAAGUGGGCGAUCGCUGAUGCUCAGGCCGCCAUCGAGAGGAGGAAGAGGAGGAACCCGCUGGCUCUACCUGUCGACAAGAUCCACCCGCUGCUGAAGGAGGUGCUGGGCUAUAAGAUCGACCACCAGGUGUCAGUGUACAUGGUGGCGGUGCUGGAGUACAUCUCUGCUGACAUCCUGAAGCUCGCUGGGAACUACGUCAGGAACAUCCGACACUACGAGAUCUCCCAGCAGGACAUCACUGUGGCCAUGUGUGCUGACAAGGUGCUGAUGGACAUGUUCCACCAGGAUCAGGAUGAGGACGACAUGGUCGGCUUCUUCUUCCCUCUCAUUGACGAGGAGCCGUCAGACAUCGAGGAGAUGAAUUAUAACGAGCUGAUGAGGAGCUUCAUGUCUGAUCUACGACGGUACCUGAGACAGCUCAACCUGAUCAUCAAGGUGUUCAGAGAGCCCUUCACCUCCAGCCCCAUGCUCUUCUCCCAACACGACGUGGACAGUAUCUUCAGCCGGAUCGUUGAUAUCCACGAGGUGACGGUGAAGCUGAUCGGCCUGCUGGAGGACACGGUGGAGAUGACAGACGAGGACAACUCUCACCCUCUGGUGGCCAGCUGCUUCGAGGACCUGGCUGAGGAGUUGGCCUUUGACCCGUAUGAGACGUACACUCAGGAGAUCCUGCGCUCUGGUUUCCAUGAACACUUCCUGAGUCAGGUGUCCAAGCCAGGAGCUGCCUUCCACCUGCAGUCCAUCUGCGAAGGCUUUAAAGAGGCCAUCCAAUACGUUCUGCCCAGACUGCUGCUCACUCCUGUUUACCACUGUCUGUACAUGUUCGAGAUGCUCAAG